AAAAUGCUUCAUCUUAAUCAAUCUAUUCUGUAACUUAUAAUAAAAAUUAUCUCCAAUUGAGCAAACACCCAUCUCAGCAAUGUUUUCAAAAAAUUAAGGGUUAAAUUUGGGAAGAAAACAUAUUUGAAACUUUCAGCACAAUGUAUGUUUAACACCUGUUAAAUAAAAACAAAAACGUAUGUCUAACACCUGUUAAAUAAAAAUUGAACAAAAAUCUUUUUUUGUUUGAGAGAAAGGGAGAGAAAAUGAGUUACCUAUUAUCAAUGCUGAAGAGGAAGAAAGGAGUCGACACGAUCAUCUAAGACACCAUCGACAAGGUCUCGGUCCUCUGCUUGUUUGUUGAUAGCUUACAGAAUAGAAUAUUGUUGCAGAGAGAAGAAGCCCAACAGAUAAGUGGUGAUGAUAUGAUUAUUUUUGUACAUAAAUGUUGAAAAUUGACUCUAACAGAGCAGAUCUAGGAAGAGUAAGAGAGUUUGUUUACUUAACUUUUUUGUGUUUGUUUUUAUGAGCUGGUUGCUUUUAGGUAACAUAAAGAGUGAGAAAUCAAAAGGAAAAAAAAAGACAAUAAAAAAGGGAAAAAAGGCAAAAAAUGGACUGGUUACUUUCAGUAAAUUAGAAGAAGUUGUCGCCAAUAAAGGAGAAUGAAGGUGAUGGUUGACCUCUUGUUGGGUUUGAGUUGGGAUCUCAAGUUCAUGGCAGCUUGUAGUUGUUGGGUUGAAGUGUUGAUGUGUUUUGGAAAUUGUUUUCCUCUUAAAAGAAAUGGAAGACAAUUUUCGUGUUUAUGGUUUUUUUGUUGACCAAAAGUUAUUUUCAAUUGACUUUGUUAAUUUCAGUUAUCUAAACAAUGGAAAUUAAAGAAAUAGAUUUCCAAAAAUCAUUUACGUGGUUAUCAAAUGGAGCCUUAAUUUUAAAUAUUUCUUUGCAAGUUUACCAAUAAUCAAUAGCUGUAGUAUGUAAUUUAGAUUAGCCAAAGUCAAAAAUAUUAAUUCAAGUUUUGGAUGAUUUUGAUGAUCAAAUGACUCAGCUGCUUAUUAAAGAAGAGGUGCAUAAAUGGCAACAAGAAGGUGCCCAUAUUGUGUAUUGGCACCAUGUAAUUAGAGAUGGUUACAAAGCUGGUAAUCUUAAGUCUGCCAUGAGUUGUAGCUAUGUUAAAGACUAUGAAUUUGUUGCCAUUUUCGAUACUGAUUUUCAACCCACCCUUGAUUUUCUUAAACGACCUGUUCGCCAUUUUAAGGAUAAUGAGGAUGUAGGAUUGGUUCGGGCAAGGUGGUCAUUUGUGAACAAGGAUGAGAAUUUGUUAACAAGAUUGCAAAACAUAAAUUUGGCAUUUCAUUUUGAGGUAAAGCAACAAGUGAAUGGUGUUUUCACUAAUUUCUUUGGGUUUAAUGGGAUUGCUGGGGUUUGGAGGGAUAAGGCUUUGGAGGAUUAUGGUUGGUGGUUAGAGAGAACCACAGUUGAGGAGAUGGAUACAUCUUUCAGUGUUCAUCUUCAAGAAUGGAAAUUCAUUUUCCUUAAUGACAUUGUUUGACGGUGUUAGUGACGCCUUUGGCUACAACUUGGACAAAAGCCGCUGUUAUCUAGUGUUAUCAGCUUGGCAUUUUGCAACUCAACUAGGUUUCUUAUCGCUUCUUAUGAUGAAAGCUAUUGGGUUAGUAAAUGCUAUUAGCUUUCUAAAUUCCUAAUGAAAACACAAUUCAAAGGAAAAAAAUGUCAUUCUAAUUAUUUUUCCUGAUUGUAUAUAUGUUCUUUGUUUAACUUUACAAAAAAUUUAAUAGGAAAAUAUGGUGGUGAUCAAUUUAUAGGGGUUACAUUCAAAAUGGCAAGGUACCUCUGACCGUCUUCCAGUUACCUAUCCUUCUAUUCAUUUUUUUAUAUUAACUUCAACGAGAUGAGGUUUGUCCUACUCCUCUUUCAAUUACCUAUCCUUAAAAAAUUUUGUUGACUAUUUUUAGGUUUGCGCAUGCCAAUCCAUUACAUUUGGAUGUGUUCCAAAGUGUGGCACGAUUUGAGGCUAAAGUGGUUGCUAUGACAGCUGCUUUACUUAGCAGUAAAGAGAAGGCUUUUGGUGGUGAAGUAUGUGGAGACAUAACAUAAGGAAGAACUAAGAGCAUAUUAUUAGCUAAGAAAAUGUCUCGAGAUUAUAUGAAGAUAAAAAAAGGAUUAUAAGUCUAUAAAUAUAUAUGUUUCCUGAUAUUUACUUCAAUAAUUUUAUUACUUUUUUAUUUACCCUAUUGUAUCUAUAGUAGUGUUGGUACUUUGGCAUAGAGUCAUAGUUUUGCAGGUUAAAGGAGAAAAUGCUUAUUAGUUUUGUCUUUAGCCAUAUGAUGAUCCUGCAUUUAUAGGAAACACAGUAAGUUUGACAGCAUAUCUCAUUGUUUAAUAUACAACUCUUUUUUACUUCACCGUUUUUUCUUCUUCUCCUAUUAGCAAAAUGCAUAAAUGUUUUGCAUUUAAGUCUUUCAUUUACAGGGAAAUGUUCAAUGCUUUCCACCAUCCUUACUUGUCUCUUUUUGGUAACUCUAUACCAUAAGAGACAAAACAUCUGAAAGUCUUUUUUGAAAGGUUUUAUGGAACUGAAAUCCAUGAAAGUUAAGGAAUAUCUAGCCAUGUGAAACCAAAGUCAACAUUUGUGAAAUUUUGCCGAACCAACUACUUGCAAGUUGUUCAUCCUAAGAUGGAAUUAUCCUUUUUUGGCAAUUUGAGCAUUAGAGACAUGGAUGUAGAUUUUCUGAAGUCUUCAUGGAAAGUGUAGCUGAGGAAGCAUUCCUUUCGCUGGACAUUAAACGACAAUCAGAACCACAGGUGGCAUUUACCGUUGUU